CUCCCUCCCCCACUGACACCCUGACAGACGGACUGACACAGACGGCCCUGCCUGGCAUCUCUCCAUUUCCUCUGUGACCGGAACCCACCAACGGAAUCUGAUCGGGUCCCUGCGUUUGACUCUGCCCCCCUACCAUCCCCCCUACCAUGAGCCCCUUUUUUGAGUGCUGGUUCUACUACUGUCUGCUCCUCCUUUUCUCCCUGGGAGUCCUGGGAGCCCCAGAAUAUCCUCGUGCUGCUCCAGAGCAAGUCCACCUGUCCUACCCAGGUGAGCCGGGCUCCAUGACUGUGACCUGGACCACGUGGGCUCCAGCGCGGUCGGAGGUGCAGUUCGGCAUGCACCUGUCUGGGCCGCUCCCAUUCCGAGCCCAUGGCACCGCCAGCACCUUCGUGGAUGGGGGCAUUCUGCGGCGUAAGCUCUACAUUCACCGUGUGACACUUCGGAAGCUGCUGCCCGGGGCCCAGUAUGUUUACCGUUGUGGCAGCGCUCAGGGCUGGAGCCGGCGGUUUCGCUUCACGGCCUUGAAGAAAGGGGUCCACUGGAGCCCCCGCCUGGCUGUGUUUGGGGAUAUGGGGGCUGACAAUGCCAGGGCCCUGCCCAGACUACGGAGAGACACCCAGCAGGGCAUGUUUGAUGCGGUGCUCCAUGUGGGAGACUUUGCCUACAACAUGGACCAGGACAAUGCUCGCGUUGGGGACAGAUUCAUGCGGCUCAUCGAACCGGUCGCGGCCAGCCUACCUUACAUGACAUGCCCUGGAAAUCACGAACAACGCUACAAUUUCUCCAACUACAAGGCUCGCUUUAGUAUGCCAGGGGACAAUGAAGGCUUAUGGUACAGCUGGGACCUAGGUCCUGCUCAUAUCAUCUCCUUCUCCACUGAGGUGUAUUUCUUUCUCCACUAUGGCCGCCACCUGGUGGAGAGGCAGUUCCGUUGGCUGGAGAAUGACCUUCAGAAAGCCAAUAAGAACCGGGUUGCUCGACCAUGGAUCAUCACGAUGGGUCAUCGGCCUAUGUACUGUUCCAACGCCGAUCUGGAUGACUGCACGAGACACGAAAGCAGGGUCCGCAAAGGCCUCCAAGGCAAGUUGUUUGGGCUAGAGGACCUUUUCCAUAAAUAUGGUGUAGAUCUGGAGUUCUGGGCUCAUGAACACUCCUACGAACGGCUCUGGCCAAUUUACAACUACCAGGUGUUUAAUGGCAGCCUGGAGAAGCCCUAUACGAAUCCCCGGGGCCCAGUUCACAUCAUCACAGGAUCUGCGGGCUGUGAAGAGUUGCUGACUCCCUUUACUAUAAAAGCCAGACCGUGGAGCGCCAUGCGUGUGAAGGAGUACGGGUACACGCGGAUGCACAUCCUUAACGGCACCCACAUGCACAUCCAGCAGGUGUCUGACGACCAGGAUGGGAAGAUUGUGGACGACUUCUGGAUAGUUAGACCUUUGCUUGGCCGGAUGAUGUACCACUAAGACCACGGCUUCCCACACAAAGACACUUUGCUGCCGUGACCAGGCAUUACCCUGGCCUGGGCGGGGAGUCAGGGCAGGACCCCACUCCCCCCAUCCAGAAGCCUGAGGGUGCAGCCCUGACAGAGGCCAGACGGCUCUCACCUCCUGGAGAGGUGGGAGCCCAGACUACUUGGAGAGGGAGGGCAGGUGCUUUGUUAACAUGGCUCUGCCCUCCGGCAUCGCUCUGACAGGGCAGGGGACCCAUGGACCUCAGAAUAAAGAGGCUUACUGUCUUGGCUCCCUGGACUCAAACUUCCACUUGGGCCACCUCUCCGCUUGCCCUCACCGGAAGGGUGUCCUACACUGGGACCAGCAAGGUGGAUACACCCUCAUGAAGGAGCUGCCAGCAGGGUUACACUCUGUCUUCCCACCCUGACUUGCAUGUGGUCCCUGGUUUGGCCCAUGAUGUGCUGCUUAAUGUCCCCCUGUGCCUCAGUUUCCCAGCCAGCACUAUCUUCUCCAGGCAGAGAGAAAAGGCUAAGACUGUUGGCUCCCCCACGGCACAGUGACGAGACUCGGGAGCACACAGAUCUGCUCCUUUCUCCCCUCAAUGCCCUCUUUUUUUCUUCGUCCUUUUAUGCAUCCCACCUAAAUUCAUUGAGCAUCUAUCAUGCGACAGGAAUGGAACAAGACAGAUCUCUGCCCUCGCAGCGUGGACAUGGACCUGCACAGCGACCAGCUUACAAGGGAUAAGUGCUCGGGAGGGGAAAGAGGAGCAGUGUCCGUUUUCAGAGAGGCGGUGACAUUUGGACUAGAGCUGACGAUAAGGAACGCAGGAAAGGCAGGAAGGAUGUACCAGCAGAGAUGCAGCCAGCGCAAAGGCCCUAAGGCAGAUCACCAUUUCCCCAGUGACUGAGGAGGCUGCUAUGGCUGUCACCCAAUAAUGAAGGAGAGAGGACAGAACAGUGACAAAGAGCCUUGUGGGCCACAGUGAGGACUUUGGAUGGAGCCAUGGGACAGUCUAGACUGACCUCAGCAGAUUCCUGACGUGUGGAUCACCUCAAAGCUAUUCUUCCAUUGUACUGAGAGGUUCAUUUUUCAAGGCUAAGCCUCAGUGGCCUGUCACCCAGUCAAAGGCUCGUGGAUCUUGGCCUCAGUGGCCUGUCACCCAAUAGAAGGCUCGUGGAUCUUGGCCUCAGUGGCCUGUCACCCAGUCGGGGCUCGUGGAUCUUAGCCUCAGUGGCCUGUCACCCAGUUGAAGGCCCAUGGAUCUUAGCCUCAGUGGCCUGUAAUCCAGUCGAAGGCUCAUGAAAUACAUCAAGCACUUUCCCUAUGCAAAGCCGAUGCGCUCACUGUUUGGGUUUUCUGAGUUCACUCUGAACUGUCUCCAGGUUGGAAGCCCCCUCCCCAGGGUGCUUUUAGACAGGUCCUCACGUAGUCCAGGCUGGUCCUCGACUUCCUCUGUGUCUGAGCAUAUCUGAGGAUGCCCUUGAACUUCUGAACCUCCUGCCUCCACCUCCCAAGUGCUGGAAUUCUAGGUGUGCACCACCAAGCCUGACUCAGGGUUGACAUCUUCCAUCUUAGGCUUCCUUCCUAUUGUCCCCUCCUUAUAGCCAGCUCUGACGAGUCCCCCUUGAGGCCAGAUCUCUAGGGCUCCAUAAUCGCUUCAGUCCCCGGUGCCUUCACUGUCUGCCUCAGUCAUCAGCCACUGUCUGUCUGAUGGGGCUCGGGCCUCUGUGAUGGUGACACUGGAGUCUGUCACCUCCAUCUAAUCCUACUGGGUCAGAUUGGAGUGCUCGGUGUCCCCUGUGUCCACACUGCUGUCCUGGGAUGGGUGUCUCUCAGUCUCCUAUUGGACUGUCCGCGCUAAGGAGGUCAGGGUCCAUUGUGGCCCAGCACAACACAGGCCUGUAAGGAUAGCACAUGCCAAGCUCUGACCUGGCCGUGUCGGGGACAGCAAUGAAUCAGGCAGAGGAACCAGGUCACCCAGCCCGAAUGACGCCUAAGGAGAGAAUGCUGAGCAGUGAAGGCGUGUCAUGAAGGGCCAGCUCAGGCUGUGGAGUUACCCCAGGAUGCCACUGUGGACUGAAACUGAAGGUCCCACGGAAUGGGCAUGUUCUGGGCCAAGCGGUGGACAUGCCUGGCAGGGAGAGUCCACAGAGGACAAAGGUCCACAGCCAGGCAGCACCAGGGGGCCAAGCCCAGCUUUGCUACUUCCUGUGUGAUGACUGCAAGUCACAGGGCCUUUGUGACCCUCUCUUCUCCAUCUGUCUGUGGGGGAGGAGAGCCUGUGGGAGCAGCAUGGCGCAGAAAGCUCAUCAGCCUGUAUUUUCUCCUCCCCUCCCUCUUCUCCCCUCCCUUCCUAUCUCACUUUUCUUCUUUUCAACCCCAAAUCCGAUUUCUUCCUCCAUAUCCAGCCGCCGACAAACACCCUGGUGUCCAUUCUUUGUCAUGGCAAGUGACAUGCUUCCUUCUCCACAGACUGGCCUUGAUCUAGUGAUCUCACCUCGGCCUCUCUGAGCUGGAGUUACAGGCAAGCACCUUUAUUCCUGGCUGCUUUUUUCUGGUUAUUUUUAUUUAUUUUUAUCUU